AUGACCGACCUCGUCAUCUUCGACUUCGACGGCACAAUGUUCGACACCCGCGCCGCCAUCGAACAUGCAGCGGCCCUCACCUUCUCCACGCUCCUCCCCUCAUACGAGAUCCCCCGCGAUAAGGCCCGCCGGUUGAUGGCCAGCGGCGUCGGCCUGUCAGAGACCUUUCGCGCCCUGCACCCAGAUGAGACCUUCGACGAAGACACAUGGGUGGCAACCUACCGCCAGCUUUACACUACACACGAGGGGAAAUUCACUAAGCCGUUCCCGGGACUGCAGGAGGUGCUGGAGGGGCUGAAGGCGCGGGGCAUCCCGAUUGCCAUUGUCAGUAACAAGGUGGUCCCUGCGAUCCGGACAACGCUGGAGCGGAUGAAUCUAUCAGGGUAUUUCCACGAGACGCUGAUUAUCGGUGAUCGCACGCCGGGGUCGGAGAAAAAGCCGGAUCCGACGAGUUACACGGAGGUGCUGGUACCACGGUUCAAGAGAGUACAUGGGGACGGGGUAGCGCUGGACCCGGCGAAGGUGCUCAUGGUGGGAGAUACAAUUGCGGAUCUGGAGUAUGCGCGGAAUAUUGGGGCCAAAGUCUGUUGGUGCCGGUUUGGACAGGGAGAUAGAGAAGAGUGUGGAUCGUUUCAGCCGGAUUACACGGUGGAUUCAUUAUCCGAGGUUCUGGACAUCGUGGCGAAGCAAUAG